CUGUAAUUAAAGCCAUGUGUCACUAUGUUCUACUAAUCACACAAAUUCUUAAGUGACAAAGACAUCAUUUGACUCUAGAUUAUCAUGCCUCCUCUCAAAAGAUUUAUUCACCAAUGGAGAAAGCAGCAGAGAAAGACCAGGGUCCCAGAAGGACAGUGACAGUAGUCUCUGGGGGCGGGGCUGUGGUUUCUCUGAUCUCAGCACCCCCUCCACCUAGGCCCCACCCCUGCCCCUCCCAGAGCUGCCUAGAAGUAGUGGGGUGAGAGCUCCUCCUGGGUCAUCCCUUUCCCUUUGGGGAAAGAAUUGCAGACCCAGGCCCUACCUACCAGAGAACCUCCUCUUCCUCACCAACACCCCUCCUGGGGGUGGGGAGUGCAUCUACCUACAUCCCCAGCUGCCUGGCUUCCAGGGUCUCUGGGCCAAAGCAGGUCAUCUGAGAUGACGGUCAAGCUAGAUUUUGAAGAAUGUCUCAAGGACUCACCCCGCUUCCGAGCCUCAAUUGAACUGGUGGAAACUGAAGUGUCAGAAUUGGAGACUCGCCUAGAAAAGCUCCUCAAGCUGGGCUCCUGCCUCCUGGAAAGCGGGCACCAUUACCUUUCUGCCAGCCGUGCCUUCGUAGUUGGCAUUUGUGACCUGGCUCGCCUGGGUCCCCCAGAGCCCAUGAUGGCGGAGUGUUUGGAAAAAUUCACUGUGAGCCUAAACCACAAGCUGGACAGCCACGCUGAGCUUCUGGAUGCUACUCAACACACAUUGCAGCAGCAAAUUCAGACUCUGGUCAAGGAAGGUCUCCGGGGUUUCCGAGAGGCUCGCAGAGAUUUCUGGAGAGGGGCUGAGAACCUGGAAGCUGCUCUUACCCACAAUGCAGAGGUCCCCAGGCGCCGUGUCCAAGAAGCAGAGGAGGCUGGGACUGCUUUGAGGACUGCCCGAGCUGGAUACUUGAGUCGGGCAUUGGAUUAUGCCCUGCAGGUCAAUGUGAUCGAGGAUAAGAGGAAGUUUGACAUCAUGGAGUUCGUGCUGCGUUUGGUAGAGGCCCAGGCUACCUACUUCCAGCAGGGCCAUGAAGAGCUAAACCGGCUGGCUCAGUAUCGUAAGGAGUUGGGUGCCCAGUUGCAUGACCUAGUCUUGAACUCGGCGAGAGAGAAGAGAGACAUGGAACAGAGGCACGUCUUACUGAAACAGAAGGAGCUGGGUGGUGAGGAGCCAGAGCCAAGCCUAAAGGAGGGGCCUAGUGGCUUGGUACUGGAAGGACAUCUUUUCAAACGGGCCAGCAAUGCGUUUAAGACCUGGAGCAGACGCUGGUUCACCAUUCAGAACAACCAACUGGUCUACCAGAAGAAAUAUAAGGACCCUGUGACUGUGGUAGUGGACGACCUUCGUCUCUGUACGGUGAAGCUCUGCCCAGACUCAGAAAGGCGUUUCUGUUUUGAAGUGGUGUCUACCAGCAAGUCCUGCUUCCUCCAGGCUGACUCUGAGCGCCUCCUGCAGCUGUGGAUCAAUGCUGUUCAGAGCAGCAUCGCCUCAGCCUUCAGCCAGGCUCACCUUGAUAACAGCUCUCGAGGGCCAGGCCAGGUCUCGGGAUACCUUGCCCUGGGCUCUGCUGCUACUCUGGGCUCUGGCGGGGCAGCCAGAGGAAGGGAACCUGGGGGAGUUGGGCAGGUGGCAGCCCAGGUACAAAGUGUAGAAGGAAAUGCCCAGUGCUGUGACUGCAGGGAACCAGCCCCAGAGUGGGCCAGUAUCAACCUUGGUGUCACUCUCUGCAUUCAGUGUUCCGGCAUCCACAGGAGCCUUGGUGUUCAUUUCUCCAAAGUCCGAUCUCUGACCCUUGACUCCUGGGAACCAGAACUAGUGAAGCUUAUGUGCGAGCUGGGAAAUGUCGUCAUCAACCAGAUCUACGAAGCCCGGGUGGAGGCCAUGGCGGUGAAGAAGCCAGGGCCCAGCUGCUCCAGGCAGGAAAAAGAGGCCUGGAUUCAUGCCAAGUAUGUGGAGAAAAAGUUCCUGACUAAGCUUCCUGAAAUUCGAGGGCGAAGAGGUGGCAGGGGGCCCCCAAGAGGACAUCCUCCUGUGCCCCCAAAGCCUUCUAUCAGACCGCAGCUGGGGAUUGUCAGAUCCAAGUCAGAGUCCCCAUCUGAUGACCUGGGAAGCCUUCACCCUGGGGCCCUGCUGUUCCAAGCUGCUGGACAUCCUCCAUCUCUUCCUACCAUGGCUGAUGCCCUGGCCCAUGGAGCUGAUGUCAACUGGGUCAAUGUGGGUCGGGGGAAUGCCACACCUCUGAUCCGGGCCACAGCUGCUACUUCUCUUCGGGCCUGUGAGUUUCUCCUCCAGAAUGGGGCAAACGUGAACCAAGCAGACAGUGCUGGCCGGGGCCCUCUCCACCAUGCCACCAUUCUUGGCCACCCAGGGCUUGCUUGCCUGUUCCUGAAACGGGGUGCAGAUCUGAGUGCUCGAGACACAGAAGGCCGGGACCCUCUGACCAUUGCAAUGGAGACAGCGAACGCUGACAUCGUAACGCUGCUAAGAUUGGCAAAGAUGAGGGAGGCCGAAGCGGCCCAGGGCCAGGCAGGUAAAGUAAAUCUGGACUCCGGUCCACACCAAAUCCUGGCCCCUUGCUUACUUGUCCCCUUACUGUCCAGCUGCAUUAAUGCCAUUGUUUAUUCAACAAACAUGUUUUGGGCGCACAAACGUGCCUGGCCCUCGGAACAACGGAAGGGAAAGGCGCGAGGCUGCGCUUACGAUGCACCCACACAUCAAGAGCUUGCCCCGUCAGACCCACCCUACUGCCCGGUGAUGCUUUUCGUAGUAGGCCAGCUGUCCAGCCUUCUCUCUGUCCUCCUCAGGGGAUGAGACAUAUCUCGACAUCUUCCGAGACUUCUCCCUCAUGGCAUCGGACGACCCGGAGAAACUGAGCCGUCGCAGUCAUGACCUCCAUACUCUUUGAUUCCAGGCCCCAACCCACUUUGUCGUGGCCUGAUCUCCAUUAAAGUCUUUGUGCUUUGCUUUUUCUCUCACAGUUCAUUUACUGUGCGCCACCUGGGGGCCCAGCAGGGUGUUGGGUGCAGGACUUCUCAAAAGGUUAGGAUUUCUCCAAUAAAGGGGGAGGCUGAUUAGCACCCAGUGGCUUGGUGGAGGGUGAGGGUGAGCUUUCGAGCUCAGAGGACAAGGGAAGCUACCCGCGUGGGGACCUGGGCACGCCGGGGUGACCCAAAAGCAUCCCCGGAAUUCGAUGGCUCAGCACCCGCCCCAUCGGGAGUUCCCGACCGGGAUCCAACCCCGAGGCCUGGGUUUUCUCAGAAUGGAGGGAUUGAGACUCCUGCCCGGACCAAGUUGUACUAGUGAGGUCAUGCACACCUGCAGGGAACGCGGGACCGUCGCGGCCACAUCCGUAGUGAAGCCUGUGAAUCAUCCCACCCCCGCUCGCGUCGGCAGGUCCAGC